UUCGUACACAAACAAAUAAAGGUGCAACACGUGUACAGUUUGUGCAGGGCUUGUUGCUCGGAGAGUGAUGCGACGGUUGCUGUACAGGUGAGUUGCAUCGACAGGUGUCCAGGAAGUAGCGUGGGAUAUAAUUUUGUCGCGUGCUGAACAACAGGUGCCCCGCUGGACAUACCGGUACAGGACUUCACAAGCCGACACUGUCGCCGGUCACUUCCUCCUCACACUUAGAACAGGUUUCCAAGCAAGAUGCUCCUUCCUCCAGUGAUGAUCACCCUGACAGUGUUCCUCAUCUUCACCUGCAUCGGUCAGCUCAAUUCAGAGGAAGUGGACAGCAAUGGCUAUAUUGCUUAUUGUCCUUGUAUGGGGAGGUUUGGAAACCAAGCAGACCAGUUCUUGGGAGCUCUGCGAUUUGCAGCCUCUGUCAACCGUACCCUUAUACUUCCUCCAUGGGUAGAAUAUCGCAGAUACGAGACAAGAUCUGUCCAGGUUUCCUUCGAUACAUACUUCAAAGUUAGCGAGGUAGCCAAGUUCCAUCGUGUCAUCACCAUGGAGCGAUUCAUGAAGAAGCUGGCACCAACACUCUGGCCGCCAGGGAAGCGCAUAUCAUUCUGUCACAGUGAGCGGACCUAUGGAGACAAAGAGAAUGACUGUAAUGCAAAAGAUGGCAACCCAUUUGAAUCCUUUUGGGAUACAUUCAAUAUCGACUUUGACAAGUCCGAGUUCUUUUCCCCUCUCUAUUAUGAAACCGGGAAUGCCCAUGAAAUUAAACGUUGGCAGAAAAGAUACCCUGGAGAUGAGUACCCAGUACUUGCCUUCACUGGCCCGCCCGGAGCCUUCCCCGUCCAACGGACAGAUGUCCCACUACAGAAAUAUGUCCGCUGGUCGGAUAAAUUUGAGAAAAUGGCAAACGAUUUCAUCGCCAAAAAUAUAAAAGACAAGCCUUUUAUUGGGAUUCAUCUCAGGAAUGGGGUCGAUUUUAAAAGAGCGUGUGAAUACAUGGACAGCUCCAACAACAUGUUCGCAUCUCCUCAGUGCACCGGCUACAGGGGAGAAAAGGGCAAGGCUACCAAGGAAACGUGUUACCCGUCCGAUAAAAGUGUUGUUAAGGAGGUCAAGGCUGAGGUCAAAAGGUUAAACGCUGGUACGGUUUUCGUCGCCACAGAUGAUAGAGAUUUAAUAGAUGUCAUGCAGAAGGCCAUGAAAAAGGUUAAGUUUGUGAAGCAGGGUAGUCCGGCCAGCCCUCACCUUGACCUUGCUAUUCUGGGCAAGGCGGACCACUUCAUAGGAAACUGUAUCUCAACAUUCACAGCGUUCGCCAAGCGGGAGCGAGACACCAAAGGGUUGUCCUCAUCUUUCUGGGCUUUUGAACCCAAACAGAAAAAGGAUGAAUUAUGAUGACCUUUUUGUGUUUAUUUUAUUCAAAUUUAAUCUGUUGGUUGCUUUGAUGCCGUUUUUUAUUGAGAGAAUCUGUGAUUGCUCUGAAAUGUGUCCAGUGAUAUUUGUCCUUCAUAAAUGUUGUGUAGGAUGAAAAGAAGAACAAUUAGGACAGGUCAGUUUUAUUUUAUUUCAAAAUUUUUUUGGUCAAUAAGUCAAAAUACCAUAUUCGACGUAAUAAGUGCCUCGCUCUAAUAAGUACCCUCGGCGAUAUUUUCUAAUAUAUUGGCUAGUGAACAAUCCCAAUUAGCACCCCUUCCGAUUGAUCAAUGCACACAAGACUUAUUUAUUUGCGUAUGCUACGCUCUCGUGUGUUAUAUGCACCCAUAAUUA